AUGUUCAUUAAAAUUGUGCUGUACAGUGAAUUGAUUCUGUUAUUGUGUGCAACACAAUCAUUGUCAUACAUAGAUAGCAACCAAUAUAAUUUAAAACAACCGUUUAUAAAUAGUUCAAUAAAAUGCAACGAUCAAAGUUCUUGCUUAAAUAAUCAAAUAGAAAAUGUGGGUCGUUCGAUUGUUAAACGUGAAGUGAAAAAUGAUGUGCGCAUCUCAAUGAAAGCAAAUCAACCACGACCAGGUCAAAAGAGUUUAGUGCUUGUUUUUGAUGCGACCUCAUCAAUGAAAGAUGACCUGGAUCAACUUCGGAAAGGGGUUACAAUGUUAGUCAAUAAGUUUUCUAAGAUUGAAGAUAAUCCAUUUUAUAAUUAUAUUUUUGUACCAUUUCGCGAAGAAAAUGGAGCAUUGGCAAACGGCCCCUCAUUGGUGACGGACGAUAAAGAUGAACUUUUGGACGCUUUAAACAAUGUUGACAUUUAUGGUGGUGACGAUUGUCCGAAGACUAUGCUUAAUGGAAUGAUGGAGGCAUUAAACCAUUGUCUGCCAUUUUCUUAUGUGUACGCAUUUAGUGAUGCAUCAAUAAAAGAUUAUUUUUUGGAAAAAGAUAUCAUCGAAGUGAUACAACGCAAACAAAUCACUAUAACAUUUCUACUAACUGGUUACUGUAACAAUAGGAACACCGAACACUAUAAAGUAUUUGACCGACUAAUCAAAGUUAGUAACGGUCAACUAUUCGAUAUUACAACUCAAGAUAUUGGAGUAAUUUUACAAGAUGUAACAAAAAAAUUGGACAAACAGCAUACCCUAUUAAUUUCAACCUAUUCAAAUCAUAGUGAAUUGAGCCAAUGGACAUUUCCCGUUGAUGAGACAAUGAAAAAUCUCAAUAUUAUGAUUGCCGGCGAAAAGGCAAAAGUUUGGUUUUACGAUCCGACUAACAUAGCAGUAAAGAAUAAAUUCGACUCUGUUAGUUUGAUAUAUGUAAAAGGAUAUACGAUUGAAAAUCCAGUUCCGGGUGAAUGGCAAAUUGAGACAUUUGCACAUGGACCUCAUUCUGUUCGUUUGACAGCCAACUCUAAAAUACAUUUAUCUUAUGGUUUUUCAGUUGAAUCUCCAAAUAGAACGUCAGAUAUAAGUCAUUUUACUCCUUGGGGCGGAUUGCCAAAUAUUUUAACAAUUGUAUCGUCACAUAAAAUAAACUUAACCGAAGCACAUUUGCAAUUUGAUGAUGCUGAGCCUAUCAUUCUACCAUUAAUAGAGAAACAAAUUGAAAAUACAAUAGAGUUUUUUUAUGAAACGGCUGCAUUUGAACCGCCAAAGGAGUCGUUUAAAAUUUUGGUGACCGGAUACGAUGAAAAAAUGAACCCAAUAAAAAGAAUGAUAUCGACAACUGUACAAGAGUUGGAUGGAGUGCCGCCAAAAGUUACUAUACUUGAAACAAAUACAAGCGUUACCGAAGGUGAAACUUUAUUCCUCAAGUGCAACGUUCAAUCAUUAGUUCCGUCAACGAUUCGGAUUUAUCAUAAUCAAAAGGAAGUCAAAAGAUUAAAAUCAAAUGAAUCGAUGACGAAUGUACAAUACGAAAUUGAAUCAUCUGAACCAAAUGCUGGUAGUCAAUAUACAUGUGUAGCUUCUAAUCAGUACGGCUUGUCCAAUCAAAGUAUUCAAAUUGAAAUAAUGCCAACCCCUCUGGUAGUUACCAUACCAGAUAGUCAAUACAUUGGAACGGAGAAACAAUCCCAAUUCAAAAUACCAUCUACAAUUGUGGCAUCAUCAAAAUUCACACCAAGUGUUAAGUGGUAUUUCAACGGCGCUGAAAUUGUUACCGAUGGUAAAACUUACAUGAUUUCAGAAUACAAUUUGAUCAUUCAAAAUGUGAUAAAAGAGCUUUCGGGAAACUAUUCAGUUGUUGUUAAAGCGGGUAGUAGCAAACAAACAGCAUCGACUCAAUUCACCGUUUAUUUUGCGCCCAUAUUAAAUGAAAUCGAAGUUGAAGAGAUCUAUGUAACGUAUGGUGAACCGGUGGUCGUUAAUUGCACUGGACUUUCAUUACCACAAGCUCAAAUCAAAUGGAAAUUUCCAAAUGCAAAUACAUUCGAAACAUUUGACGAGAGUCCAUUGCAAAUCGAAUCGUUUGAAUUUUUAGAUGAAGGAGUAUACGAAUGUAAUCUUGAUAAUGGAAUUGAACCGAUUGCCAUUCGAAAAGUUACACUAAAAGGUCUAGCAAAUGGUCCACCAAACAUUUCAAAGACCAAUAUAAAACAGCUAAAUGUGUCGGAGGGUGAUGAUAUUAAUUUGACAUGUCACUGUGAAAUGUGCGAACCAUUGCAAAUGCUCUUGUGGAACCGAAUCGAAAAUUUAACACAAGAAAUUAUUAGCGAUGAUUCUGCAAAUAUAAUCGAUUACACAUGGUAUAUUAAAAAUAUAUCAAAGGAAGAAAGUGGCACAUACGAGUGCUCGUUGUUCAACGAAUUCGGCAAUGAUACUUUUUCGAUUGAUAUAAACGUAAAACGACCACCAAAAAUUGAAGACAUACAUGAGAAAAACUCAUUUCACAAAUGCAGUACUAAUGAAAAUGUGAACUUGGUCGAGUUAGAAAGUGAAAAUGGCAAUUUAACAGUACCGUUCAACGUUUAUGACUGCAUCGCAUCCAAUGUUUAUAAUAGAAACAUAACAAUUGUAUUGUUCGAGGAAUGUCCAAAUGAAAAGAUCCAUUCGAUUGCAGUUUAUUUAAAUAAUUCGAAUGUAAUAUCAAGGUGUAGGUUAAAUAAACUACAUGCACCAGAUUUAACACAAAUUUUAAACGGAACAGGAGUAGAAGAAAAUUAUUUAUAUUUAGAUGUUCCCAAUGAAGAUGCUUUUGAAUGCAUUCUGCAAUCAAACAACACCGCUCCAUUCAACACAAAUACUUUGCUGGCUAUUUUUGUUACAUCAAAUUUGCUCUCGGAGAAUGAUACAAAACUCAUUCAAGUAACGCCAAACAGUGACCCGAUAUUGAAAUGUUCGGCAAAAACAACAUCGCCAUCAAAAUGGAUAAAACAACCAUAUAAUUGUGAAACGUUCAGCAAUAUUUCCAUCGCAAGCAAUUCAUUUUAUUUUCUGGUGCACGAUGCACCAAAAAUUCAAUCUAGCCUUGAGAAAAACAUACGUUUGCUGAGAGGAGAACAUACUUCGAUUACAUGUUCAGCGAUUGGAAGUAAUGUCAAAGUUUAUUGGACCGAUGAUCAAUCGACUAAGACAUCAACCAAUGUAUUGGAUCUCGAUACAAAAAUACUAAAAUUUAAUGAGAAGAAUUUUACGUGUGUUGGCGAAAAUGCAUUCGGAAAAGAUUCGCAUUCGAUUUGUGUUCGAAUUAUUGACAGACCGGAGCUAUCACAUAAUCUUUCUGAUAGUCUACAGAAUACAAAGCACAUCCAAUUGGGGUCCAAUCUGAAUUUGACAUGUCCAUUUGAACAUUUUAACCAUUUUAAAUGGUUAAAAAAUGGAAAACCAUUCAACAGUGACAUGAAAGACUUGAGCUUUUCCAAUGUUUCCAUAACUGACGUUGGUAAUUACACAAUUCAUGUCGAAAAUGAAGCCGGAUAUAAUGAAUAUACAUAUGAGAUUGUAGUUCAAUAUGCGCCAAUUUUUCAAAAUACAACAAUGAAUGGUACAAUUAUUGAUGUUACAUCGCCGUCCAAUUUUUCGAUCGAUUGUAAGGCACAUGGAUUCCCCGUGCCCGAAUUAAAAUGGAUGCACAAUGGUCAAAGCAUAUCAACAAAUGAAACUUUAUUCAUUGAACAUGUGAGUGCAUCAAAUCAUGGCAAGUACACGUGUACAGCUACCAAUGAAAAUGGUGCAACCGAAAUUGUUGUCAACUUAAAUGUUUUGUUUGCACCAAUGUCAGACACGAACGAGACAAACCAAAUUAUAAAAGUAGUCCAGAAUCAUUCAGUCGUAUUGAAUUGUUUAAUGCAUGCGAACCCAGAACCCAUCUACGAAUGGUACAAACACAAAGUCAAAAUAUCCGGAGCAAAUCGAAGUUUACUCGAAAUUCCUGGACAAAGUCUAACGGAAAGCGGUAAUUAUACAUGCAUCGUGUCGAACACUGUAUCGAGCAGUGUAAAACAUUUUACACUCGAUGUAUACGCCAUUCCAUCGAUACAAUCUAUUUCGGAAAAUAAAACAUCUCAGGCACAAGAUGGGAAGAACAAUUUAUUGUGCAAUGCGACUGGAAAUCCAAUGCCAACGUUGUCAUCAACGUUGUUGUGGAUUAACGGUAAUCAGACAUUGUUCUCAUCAUCGAAAUCGAAUUUAUCAAAUGAUUUCCGAUUAUCUGAAUUAUGUACAUACCAUAAUGAUACCAAUUUGAUUGAAAAACCAUUUGGUGACGAUCAAGACAACAUCAAAUGGAUAUUUCGUUACAAAUGCCCUUAUUCCAUUCAAAUUGAAUUGCAUCUCAAUGAAUGGCCAACUGGUUUACAUCGUUUUGAUUGUUUUGCAUCAAAUACAUAUGGUCAUGAUGAACGCAGCACUUUCAUCGAAUAUGUAUCGAAACCAACAUUUUCACCGGACACAAAUGCAUCGAUUGACAUUGGAAUUGGUGAACCAAUCGACUUGAAUUGUGACUUCGAAAAUGCUUAUCCACCAGUUGAAAAAAUGUUAUGGAAAAAAAAUGGUAUUGCCAUUAAUUUUGUUACAGAACAUAAAUACAUGCUGGCAAAUGAUAACAGAACCUUACACAUUUCAUCUGUAACAACCGACGAUGGAUUCUUUACCUGUAUCGCCGAAAACUCGGUGGGAGUUGGUGAACUGUCCAAAACAUUGAAUAUUUUAUCACCACCAAGAUUGGCCAGCGCAGCAAGUAACAUAAAAAUGCGAAAUCAAAAUAAUAACAUCGCAACGGAAGCAAAACUAAUCAUUCAAAAUGGUCAAGAAAUAUCACUCGAAUGUCCAAUUGAAGGCAAUCCCCGUCCCAAAAUUAGUUGGAUGGAAAUGAUUAGCGGCGAAAAACAUACAUCCAAUAAAAUGAUAGAUGUUCAUAAUUUGACAUUGAAAAGAGAUAGUGUGCUUGAAGAUACAACAUUCAUUUGUUAUGCAAAUAAUUCGUUGGGUUCAUUCAAUUAUACAUUUAGAGUAUUUGUUGAAAAGGCACCAUCGUCACUUGCAUCGACCCAAAUGCAAAUCAAACUGAAUAUGGGUGGAAAUUUUUCAAUAAAAUGUGAUGUUGAAGGGCUACCUGAACCGAAAAUAACAUGGUAUAAAAAUGAUAAUAUACUUACGUUUAUUAAUCAUACAAAACCAAAGGGAAAAUAUCAUUUCGAUAACAAAAAAUUGUUAGUCACAAAUACAAACUAUGACGAUUUUGGUGUGUACGUUUGUGUUGCGGAAAAUAAUUUGGGCAAAACAGAGCAAUCAUUUGAUGUGAUUUUCAAUCCAUAUUGGGGUGAAUUCAGCGAAUGGAGCGAAUGUAACAAAACGUGUGGCAUUGGUUUCACAGAACGGAAUCGAACUUGUAUUCGAUUGAAAUCACAUGAUAGUCAAUUAACAUGCAUCGGUGACGUUAAAGAAGUGGAAAAAUGUAUGAAAGAACCUUGCAGUUGGUCAAGAUUUUCGGCUUGUUCUCGUACGUGCGGCAUGGGACAGAUGUAUCGAUUCAAGGGUAAUAAAAUUGAAAUUGUCGCCUGCAAUCGGGGACCAUGUACCCAUAAAAGUAGCUUUAAAAAGCAAUUUGGUCCAAUACUUACGUAUGAAUCGUCCGGUUCAUCCAGAAACAAUGAGAAAAUUAAUCAAUAUUAUAAUCAGGAAAAUGCAUAUAAAUCCGAUCGAUACAAAAUGACACAUACCACAAAUCAUUCAAAAUCAAUAAAAAAGUCAAGAACAAAAAUGCAAGACCGACAGAACUGAUAACAUCGAGCACGUUGUCAUAGUUGACAAUUGCUUAAAUCAACUUUUUGUCUUCAAAAUGAAUCGAUUCAAAGAGAAGAUGUCAAUAGUAAACGCAAUCUCAAUAUAUUCGGUUUUUUUAUUAAAAAUUUAUUUCAAAUGUAAAAAUUCACACAUAAAAACAUUAAUAUUUAAAUUAGUUAUAGUUAUAGAAUCUGUUAAUAAGGCACACAAAUUAAAAGGUUUUAAUCUUCAUUUUUUUCUCUAUAAGUUUUUGUUUUAUACGUUUUCGUCUUUGCAAACAAACGAACAAAUAAAACUUUAAAUCCAUGGACAAUUUGUCAUCUAUCGCGGAAAAUGUGAUUUUAUUCAAGAGUGUGAUUGGUCUUUAAAUUUUUAUAUGAAACGAACGUGAAACGCAUCAAUUGAAAUUUUGUUUGUAUUCUUUAUCGCAUUCAAAGGUGCAUCAAUUGUCAAUGGAUAAGUGAAUUGGUCAUAGUUUGCGUUUUAUUGCUCAAAUGGACAUCACUAAAAUUCAAUACGUUUACUAAGUACUUGCUAGUAUGUAUUUUGUUUGCGCUUUGGAAAUUCAAAAAAAAAA